GGGCAGUGAUACGUAGAACAGCCCCAGCUGAGCCACGCUUGAAGGGUUGCCGUGCAGCGCAUGUCAGUGGCUCAUAGCAACGUUGGUGGCCUGCUCCGCAAACAUGGUUAUGCGGAGAUAAAGAAGGUCGGCGAAGGCUCCUUUGGCAAAGCGCUACUGGUGCGGGGUGAGGAUGGUCAGAAGCUCAUUUGUAAGAUGGUAGAUGUAAGCAAAGCCUCGCGAAGAGAAAUGGAGGAUGCCGUAAAGGAAGGCAAGCUUUUGUCUGAACUGAAGCAUCCAUACAUUGUCCGCUACCGCGAGAGCUUCACGGAAAGCGGCUGGCUUUGCAUCCUGAUGGACUACUGCGAGGGUGGGGAUCUGACCGCACGAAUAUCAGAGGCGAAGAGGAGCCGGAAGCCUAUGUCGGAGGACCAGAUCUUGCGCUGGUUUGUCCAGGCCAUCCUCGCCCUGAAGUACAUUCACGAGAAGCACGUCUUGCAUCGUGAUUUGAAGCCUUCCAACUUCUUUCUCUCCAAGAGUGGGAAUUUGAAGAUGGGUGACUUUGGCAUUGCGAAGGUGCUAGCAUGUACCAUCGCGGUGGCAAAAACGCAAAUCGGCACGCCAUACUACCUCAGCCCAGAGUUGUGUCAAGAAAAGCCAUACACCUUUAGCUCUGACAUUUGGGCCAUGGGCUGCAUCCUCUUCGAGCUCUGUGCGCUGAAGGUGCCCUUCGAUGCGCCGAACAUCCCGGGAUUGGUGCAAAAGAUUGUUCGAGCUCCAGUGCCACCCGUGCCAGCGACAUAUUCUGCGUUCCUUCGGGAGCUUGUGGGUCAGAUGCUGAACAGGAACCCAGACCAGCGCCCAAGUCCUGAAGAAAUCCUGCAAAAGCCAAGACUGCAAGGAAUCGUGAAGCUCAUGCUGGAUGAGGCUCAAGAAGCGGCGCAGGCUGCCGACGAGGCUUCACAGGCUUCUCGGAGUCGACGAAGUGAAGCGGAGCCUGAACCGUCGCCACCGCCGCCGCCGCCGCCAGCGAGUGACCUGCCUGGUGGCAUUUAUAGAACACAUGACUUGGUGGAGUACUACUCCGUGUCGCACGGAGAUUGGCUACCUGCCACAAUCACGAAGACAGACAGCGAGGGGCGCAUCAUCAUUGAUUUGAAGCCAAACACUUGGAUCUCCAAGGAGGAUCAAGCUAUGAAAGUGCGGCGACGGAGAGAAGGAGGUGCAGGAGGUGCAGGUUCACGCGCUGCCUCUCCCAUGAGGAACAGCCCUUCCUCAGCUGGCCUCAGAGCUCCUCCUCCUCAGAUCGGGAGAAGUCCAUCCUUGGGAGGGCCUGGCAGUCGGCCAGGAUCACGGGUGAACUCUCCGCUGCAGCGCAGGAGCCCGGCCCUUGCUGCCGGAGCCAUCGCCGGCCUGGGCAGCCGCCCGGGCUCCGGCGUGGGCAGCCGCCCAGGGUCCAGAGCGGCGUCGCCCUCCGGCAGAGCGCCGAGCCCACGGGUUUCGCAAUUCGACGUGUAUAGAAAGCAUGACCUGGUGGAGUACUGGUCUGUCUCCCACGGAGAAUGGCUACCAGCAACUGUGGUGAACACAGACAUCGAAGGGCGAAUUGUCAUUGACCUCAAGCCCAACACGUGGCUUACCAAGGAGGAUCAAUCCACCAAAGUUCGACGGAGAGCUCGCGUUGGAACUCCAGGAUCUCAGAUGCGCCGCAUGCCAUCAGCAGACCAUGUGCCGCCAGCCCGAGCAGCCUCUCCCAGGUGCAUGCCAUCUCCGGGACGUGCCAUGUCACCACAUCGUGCUCCGUCUCCGUGGCGUGCUUGUGGAGAGACGCCGGGGCGGGCGCCAAGCCCAAGAAGGCGCGACGCGCCGACUCCUCGAAGAUCGCCAGGAAUGCCGCCUCCAGGCCAUUCAGCCGACCCUUUUCGGAAUGGGAACGGAUACUUCCCGUAGUUUCACCGCCCUUUUGUUGCCAUUUCCGACAGCUUUUUCGUCCGGACCUUUUCUGCCAACUUUCCCAAGUCUAACCAUCCAAGUAGACUCGCAGAAAUGGUAACCAAGGGUGCCGGAAUUUGUUGUGGCCGACGUUUUGCAUGGACAUCUUGCGGCAGAUUGCAAGAGCAAGGACGGCGCUUAUAUAUACGAGAAUUUGUGCGGCCCAAGCCCAAGUCAAUCUUCACCUUGUCGCAUGCGGGCAGAAGGUUCCUGCUGAAGCAGCUACCAAAAGAACGAGUGCUGCACAUCCCCUG